UAGCAAAAUUCAUAAAAGUUAACAUAGAACGUAUAGGUUAAGUCAUUCCGAACUAUAAUUAUAAUUGAGAAGAAAAAACUUUUGGAUAAAAUUGAACAUCCAGAAAAAUAUGUUCAAGGAAUUCGUUAUGUUGAUAUAUUAGAAAAAGAUAGUGAUCAUAUAUUAAGAAUUGUUCAUUUUGAAAAUGAUAAAUGGGAAUCAUUAAAAGAAUUAAUUGUUAAUGAUAAAACAAAUGGAAUUAUUGUUUAUCGUUUAAUUGAUCAUUCUUAUUUUCAAGGUGAAACAAUAAAUAUUUGUCGAACAACAAAUCAAGUUUCUCAAUCAGAAUUAGAAUAUGAAAUUAAUUGGAAAUUAAUAAAUAAAAAUGUUCAGGAAUCAAUCGAAGAUAAACAUAUUGCAGAAUAUGCUUUACAAUUAGCUACACAUGAAAUGAAAAAAAUUUUAGAAGAAGCUGAAGCUGAACCUGAACCUGAAUCUGAACCUGAACCUGCUUCUAAUUAA